AUCCAUUCAAGAGUAAAGUAUAAAACCCACAGGGGUUGGCUGGUGCAAGCAGGAGCGUGUAUCAACGCACGGACAGGCAGGAAGGGAAAUCUCAUGACAGCAAAGCCUAUUCCGGUUUAUAACCCAACAUUAGACUGGGGUUUGCUCUAGUUUUUUUUUUUUUUUUUUUUAACGAUAUAGGCUUCUCGGCGACAGAAAAAACGUGUACGAAUGCUACAGCAACUAGGCUACAGGUCUUCUACGCAUGAACUGAGAUAUGUUUUAACAGUAUUUUUCCAUUAAUGAUGCAAGCCACCUCAUGGUCCCAUGGUAAACUCUGUUGUUAUCCAACAGCUAAGCUUCGCCAAGCUGUAGUUUCUUUUAUCACCUUGACGACUCACCAUAACGCCACGCGCGUACAGUGAAGUCGACCAGGAGGUAGACUACCUCCAACCCUUAUCGCUUGUCAAGGUCUGGCAUGGACCCGGGGAGUAUUUCGGUAAGGUCCCGCCUUCCGGACGCUACCGGCCAAUAGAAGUCUCCGGUAUAGUUCUAGUUGCAAUAUCUUCGUGCACUCGUCAGCCCUACAGUGUCAGCGCUGACGGCGAACGGACACCUCUCUUGCCCGGGGGGUAAUGUAUCAGACCAGUGACGGCGCAGAACGCAUGAGAAAUCACCGAGGCACGGAGCUAUCAACAGGAAACGGAAUUGAAGGGCUGUCCCUGUCACGGAGGGAACUUUGACGGAUCAUAACCGCUGACUUGUUUGAAAAGAUUUUCCCCAAACUAAUUCUGAUUGGAAGUCGGCAGAGGGAAUAAAAAAAGUUGCUCUUCUUCUUCCACUAGCACCCCUGUCUCCCCCCUGCACGUUCCCUUGGCUGGCCGUGCGCGCUUGGAGAGGGGCAGGGGCAUGGGAUCCUUUCUGUGAUGUGGAUUCUUUCAGAAACAGCGGAGGCAAACCUCUGUUUAAAACACAACAAUGUGAGAAGAACCGCGUCUUGGCUACUCCUGUUUCUGGAUAUCCUGAAGAUCAUUGGCAACAGCUGAAGGCGGAUUCUCCCUCCAGCCCGGCGGUCCCGGACUACCCACCGGGCAUGGGUUUAUUAGCGCGGCUGUAGCGCUACUGAGACCCCCCCUCAGAGGAACUUCGCACAGCCGUGACCCCCCUCAACUGCAUCUGUGCCCCUAGGCUGGCGACCAGCAGUGUCGCGGCCAUAUGGGAUUUUAAUUCCACUCUUUUUCACCGAAUCAUGAACUUUGCUGCCAUCCUGAUGAGGUUCCUUUUUGUGACAUUCGUGUGUUUGUCAACCAUAAAGACUGCCCACAUCCCCGAGGACAGCGGACAGCGCGCGCACGAAGCGCUGCCGAUGUCGUUCCUGGAGGUGUUCAACCGCAGCAUGUGUCGUCCGCGCGAGGUGCUGGUGGACGUGCUGUCGGAGUACCCGGAGGAGGUGGAGUACCUCUUCAUCCCCUCCUGCGUGGCCCUCACGCGCUGCGCCGGAUGCUGCUCCGACGAGGCCCUGGAGUGCACCCCCAUACUCACGCACAACGUCACCCUCGAGGUGAAGAGAGUGCGGCCUCUUAGGCAGAAGACCAACAGCUACAUGAGCUUUACUGAACACAGCAUGUGUGAAUGCAGGCUGAAAGAGGUGAAGACUGAAAGAAAGCAGCGGAGGGGCAAGGGGAAAGGUCUAAAGCGAAAGAAAAAGCGAAACCGGCAGAGCACACAGGAAGUCCCCGGGGUAGUGUGUGAGCCGUGUUGCGCCGGCUGUUCGGAGCGGAGGCGUCGCCUCUUCGUGCAGGACCCCCUCACCUGCCUGUGCUCCUGCAAGAACACCGUCGCCUACUGCCAGGGCCGCGGCCUCGAGCUGAAUGAGAGGACCUGCAGGUGCGGUGAACCACGGAGGUGAAGGAGCAUGUCGUGGUGUCAGUGGACUUUCCUGAUGGAGGAGAUAUCAUCAACAGCCACACCACUGUCCCUUCACCCCAUUGACACCCCCCCCCCCAUUUUCUCCUCCAAACUACAACCUCUGACCUUUGAACUCUGAACCCUGACCUCUGAACUGGUGGCUGUCAGUGGAAGGCAGCAGUGAUGCCUCAUCGUGUGAAGAGGAGAUUGGGAGAGAGGAAAGGGGAGAGGAAAAGCAAAAAGAAGGAGAGAUUGAGAAAAAAAAUGGACACUGACAAAUGAUGAACUGUAGCCUACAUGGACAAAAGAUGAACUGUACAUGGACAUGAGAUGAGCUGUACAUUGACAUGGACAUGGCAUGACGUGUACACGGACAAAAAGAUGAUACUCGGAUAAGCAUUGGGGAGGUUUUUGCUGCUAAAUGAAGGAAGAAAAUAGAAGCAGUGAAUUGUGUGUGCGUGCGUGCGUGUGAGUGCGUGAGUGUGUGUGUGUACAUGUGCGUGUGUGUGCUGUGUUUUCAAAAAGCCCAUAUCGUCGCUCCACUGGAUGCUGUGGACACGUAGCAGGUUGGAAUGUCGUCAAGUUCUCAUUGCUCCGUCCCCUUUGUGAUGUCAUAUCCUGAUUUAUUCCCCUCACCUCCGACAUCACAUCACAUUCUGUUUCUUGGAUCGGUGCAUCUGCCUUACCAGGGCAAUACUUUUGCUGUGGGAAUCGUUUUAGUGCAUUGUUUGAGUAUUUAUGUGUUGGUUUGCGUGCGCGUUUGUUUUGCGUGUGUGUGUAGGUAUGUUUGUGUGUGUGUGUUUUGUUUUACCUGUGCCUAAAAACCACUUCAUUUGAAUCAUACAAGAAUUGACUCGUGUUCCUCUGUUGUGUUUGGGUUCUCCUGUAUUUUGAUAAAUGGUCACCUAAACUCCUGUACAGUGUGACUCGGUACUGUUCUCUUCUGUUCUGUUCUGUUCUGGUCUGGUCUGUUCUGUUUGGUUCUCCUCUUCGGUUCUCCUGGACUCUGUACUUUUUUUCGCAAGUCAGCACUGUUCUCUUUUGUCUGGCUCAGCCUGGGACUCGUUGAAGAGUUGGAGUGCACCCUUAAGUUAUUGUUUUUAUUGCUGGUUUGUAUUUGUGUCUGACUCACUGCAGCAGCCAAUCAUUCGUAACCCAGUUUUGUGUUCCGCCUGACACUAUUCUAGCCUCUGUGUGUGUGUGUCUUUGUGUGUGUUUGUGUGCGUGCUUGUGUGUGUGGGUGUGUGUGUGUGUGUGUGUGUGUGUGUGUGUGUGUGUGUGUGUGUGCGUGUGCGUGUGUGUGUGCGUGCCUGUGCCUGUGCGUGUUCGUGUGUGUGUGUGUGUGUGUGUGUGUGUGUGUGUGUGUGUGUGUGUGUGUGUGUGUGUGCACGUGUGUGCACGUGUGUGUGUGUGUGCGCGCAUGCAGUGCCUGAUUACUACUAUCGUUAUCUGUGUUCCAAUGAAUUUAUGAGUUCACAGCAGUACAGUAUUCCUUUUGGACAGAUUUAUACGUUUCUGUAUGUGUGUAUGUGUGUGUCUAGUGGGUAGUGUGUGUGUUCAUGUGUGUGUGUGUUCAUUUGUGUGUGUGCGUGGAGGGCGUGUAGCAGGGCUGGACUGGCCAUCUAGCAUACUGGGCAUUUCCGGCGUGGGCCUGCACCCUCGUGGGCCCCUAUUUUCAGAAAUGUUUAAAAAAACAAAAAACUUUUUUUUUCUAACAUUUAUGACAAUAGGGGCCCACCAGGGUGCGGAUGCCCACCGGGGAGUCAGUCCUGCGCCGCUUAUUAUGAGGGGCCCCUUUAAGCCAAAAGUGCCCGGGCCCUAUUUCUCCCUCAGUCCAGCCCUGGUGUUGUAGUGUGCGCCAGAAUCAUGCAGUCUUCCCAGAAAUGAAGAGAAACAUUCCUCUUAUCCCCAAUAGUUUUAGUUCUUGCAACAUCAAGUGUUUCCUUUGACCCCUCAAGGGGCCGAAAAAUGUUUUAACUAGUUUCAACAGCCUGAGUGUGAAUGUGUGUGUGUGUGUGUGUGUGUGUGUGUGUGUGUGUGUGUGUGUGUGUGUGCGUGCGUGCGUGUGUGUGUGUGUGUAUGUGUCUGUGUGGGCAGGGAGAACCAACCGAUGCGUAAAUGGAUGUCUAUAUAUUAAGUGUGUGAGUGUGUGUGUGAGAGAGAGAGAGAAAGAGAGAGUUUUGAAAAUACAGUACCGUAUGUAAGAAAACAUACACAUUCAUAAAAGAGAGGGAGAGAAAAAAUGAAUCUGUCCAAAUUAGUAUUUUUGUGUGAGAGAUUUAUGGAUUCAUGGAUUGUUCAAACUUCUGUGCGUGCGUGCAAGCAGUUAAUAUUUCUCCGUCCAACAAAUAUUUCACCCCAGCCCUCUUCCCAUAAAUGUAUUUAUUAUUCUGUACAUAAACAUGUAUAUUUCUGUUUUUCUGUUUGAAUUUGUGUAUGUGUCGUGUGUGUGUGUGUGUGUGUGUGUGUGUGUGUGUGUGUGUGUGUGUGUGUGUGUGUGUGUGUGUGUGUGUGUGUGUGUGUGUGUGUGUGUGUGUGUCCAUGACUCUGUAAAUACUGUAUGAUUUUAAAUAACUAACCCUCUGUGAAUCUGAUGUAGUAAAACAUAUUUAUUUUCAAAUGAAAGUUGAGAAAGAUUCA